AUGGAUAAACCGGUAUUUAUGAGUAAUGGAAAAGAUUUAAUCAAAACUUUUGGUUUCAGAAAACAAAAUCCUCCUGUCUGCAGCUCUGAAUCGACCAUUAUACGCGCUGCACUUAAGCAAACAAUAAACAUCACUUGUCAAGUGGACGCAAACCCACUUGAUAAUCUUAAUUACAAAUGGCAUUUCAACAAUUCACUCGAAAGCCUAAUCGAACUGCCAACAACGGUAGCAACUGCUGUCUCCGCGCAACCAUUGCAACAUCCGGACACAGGUCGUACAUCCGCUGGCGGAUAUUAUCAACGCACCAAGAGGAAACAUUCGCAUUCACAGAAAUUUGUACUCGGACGCCAUGGUCGUGUGGCAGCUAGCAGUAACGUAGCAGCUACAUGGUCGAAUAUACAUUUCGAAGAUGAAGACGAACAUCAUGAUUACGAUGGCAUGGGUGUUAAUAACGACGCUGACGCUAACGCUAACGCUGAGGAUGAUGAUGAUGAUAUUGGUGUUAUACGCAGCGAAAUGGCUAUAAACGAUAUGGAUUAUGGUAGCAUACCAGAGUUGCCAUAUACGCAAAUGGUUUACUCAAAUAUGAUGCAUAAAAAUCACCUCGAAGGUAAACAGCAAGUACGCAAACAAACGCAACAACAACAGCAAUUGCAGUUGCAGCAACAACAAAUACUGCUGCAACAUCCAGUUAGUGCACAUGAUGCAACUCAUGGUAAUCAAUUCCUAUUAGCGGAACGUAAACGAAUGGCAGCUUUGCAUAAGCAACAGCAUCAUCGCGUUAUGGUGACAACCACACCACCAGCUCCACUGAAUAAUGUAUACGUUUAUCAUAUUGAAUCAUAUGACAGUUUCGGUGCAGUGUCAUGUGUAGCUAAUAGUCCUAUGGGUCAGAGCCAGCCUUGCUGGUAUCAUAUACAACCUGCAGAUCUUCCGGAUCCUGUUAAAAACUGCACUUCCUAUAACGCCACCGCAAAUUCAUUACAAGUGCAAUGCAUACCAGGAAGCGAUGGCGGCAUACCACAACAUUUCCAUGUGCAAGUCUAUGACGAACUGAACAGACAAAUACUCUACAACACAUCCUUCAAAUAUUCCGAUUUCACCGUGAAAAGACUGCCAAGCGAUUCGGUGUUUGUUAUCAGAAUAACAGCAGUUAACGCACAAGGACCCAGCAAAGUGGCAUAUCGUUUAAGAGGACGCACACUCUCUGCGCCUCUGCUGCGCACAGCUUCCUCUACGGCUGUGCUGGUCCAACUAACUCCAUUGCUGGGCGCUCUGGUCGGAGUUAUUGCAACUUUGGUGCUCGUAGCUAUUUGCAUUGUGAUUUUUGUUAAAUUUCGCACAAAACGUACGCGUCGUCCCAACGGUGAUGCGACCUCGACCGAGGCGGACAAAGGCAGCGCUGAGCCAUUAUCACGCAAUAUGGGCAGCCACUCCAGCUUAGAGGAUAAAAAUCCCGAUGUGGUGCCACAAGAAACAAACAGUGAGGAUGAAUUUCAUAUGGAAGAGAAAGCAUUCGAUCGCCUCAACAUGGAAUCGCAACGGAUUUUGUAUACUCCACCAUCGCGCAUGAAUACAGCAUCGCCAACUUUGCCGCCGCUAUCACCCACUUUUGGCAAGCAGUACGGUGAACUUUCCUUGACCACAAAUCCCGCCUACAGUUUAUACAAUACACCACAACGUGCACCAGCAACACAACGUCCAUUAUACACAGCCCCACCGCCUCUAUUAUCCACACGUACACCACCUAAUAUAUAUACUCGCAUACCAGGACGCACCUAUUUACCAGCUUAUGAGACACGCACAUCUCCGACUUCACCUUACGGUUCCACUACAACCUGUACAAUACCUUUACUUGGCGGACAAUCGAGCGGUUCAUUGCAAACAAACAGCAGUAGCGGUGUGGGCAGUGGUCUGGGCAUAGUUAGCGGUUGCAAUACGCUGCCACAUCCAGGCUCACAAAAUAAUGCCAUAUCGGCCGCUCUAACAUCAUCGGUAACAUCUGGUAAUAUAACCAUUGGCGCAGCACAAUCACUACUCACUUCACCACGCACUCAGUCGGCUUAUGGCAGCGCAACUGUACAGUCGCCAUUGCUGGCUACAAGCGCUUUACUUGGCAAUGGGAACUAUGAAACGGUGUCCUCCUGA